AUGCGUGUUGAUGGGUGGAAACAGUUUGAUUUGCAGAUUAACCCCAGAGACAGUUAUCCUCACCUGAGUCCAAAGUACAAGGUGUUCUUUGAUUUGGGGAGUAACCUCUUUGCCCAAUUUUAUGCAUACAUUAAGAAUAUAAAAAAGGAGUCAAAUAAGAAUUUUGAAAAAUCUCUGCUCAGAGAAUUUAAGCAUCUGAAUGACUACGUAACCACCCCACUUUUGGAUGAAAUUGAUCCAGACAGUGCUGAGGAACUUACAGUUUCCAGAAGAUUGUUCUUGGUUGGGGAUCAGCUGACACUGGUCAACUGUAGCUUGCUACCAAAACUGAACAUUAUUAAAGUUGCUGCAAAGAAAUACUGUGAAUUUGACAUUCCAGAAGAAUUCUCAGGAGUUUGAUGCUAUCUCUGCAAUGCUUAUGCCCAUGAUGAAUUUACCCACACAUGUCCUGAAGAAAAAGAAAUUGAAAAUAAGUAA